CACUCUGCUGGCUCUGUUGCUAGACCCCCAGAUCGAGGAUCCACAACAAGCAGCCCCCAACCCGAGGAGGGUUGACACAGCAUGGUUAAUAAGUCAACAGAAUUCAGAAACCAGGACCGGAUUAAGAAGGCAGUUUUAUUUUUGUGCCCUGGACUUCAAGCAGAUUAAAUAAUCAAAAAGCCUGAGCCACUGGGGUCAUGUUUGAAUGCUACAGCUGUUCACUGAGGUUUGACAAACAUUCUUUCUGUGGUUUGUCGUCUGAAUGGGAAAGGCAGCGAUGAUCUUGGGGAGGGCGAUGCUUUCAGAAAGAAGAGGGGGAGCACAAUCAAAAGAUCCUCUUAUGGAAAACAAUCCCAGCCAGAUGGAGAAAGGGGAAGGGCUGCUUAAAUAAGUGGUCUCCUGAAAGCGACAACUGUUCACCGCAUUGAAGAAAAGCACAAGCAGGAUCAGAAAAAAGUGAAUGAAAAACUGGACCCUCGGUUGGUGGAUCUGCAAAUUAAUAAAGGUGGGCUUCAGUUUCAGCGGGGAAGCCUGUGGAGACUCAGUCAUGGAAGGUGAACUGCUCCUGCUUUCAAGUAUGAUUUUCCUGCUCCAGGUGGUGUGCGGCUGCCCAGAGAGGUGCCACUGUCAUUCACCUUCAAAUUCUGUAGACUGCAGCCAGCAAGGUCUCGCUGAAAUCCCUUCUGGUUUGCCUCCUCAGACUCUAACACUGAACUUACAAGAUAACCAGAUACAUCAGCUUCCGGCUUUGGCAUUUAAGUCAGUGCCACAGCUCACAACCUUGAACUUAUGCAACAAUUCUCUUUCAAAUCUGACUCCUGGAGUUUUCCAUGGGCUUCAGCACUUGCAGGUCUUAAACCUAACCCAGAACUCCCUGCAUUCCCUGGAAAGCAGACUUUUUCAUUCCCUUCUACAUUUGAAGGAGCUUGAUUUGUCAUCAAACAACAUAAGACACCUUCCCACAACCCUGGGUGAGCCUUGGGAGAACCUAACUGUAUUUGCGAUUCAACAAAACCGGCUUCAGCAGCUUGAUCGAGCCCUCCUAGAAUCUAUGCCCAGAGUGAGGCAUUUAUUUCUCAAGGACAACCUUUGGAAAUGCAGUUGCCACUUGCUCAGUCUUAAACUCUGGCUGGAGACAUUCAUCUAUAAAGGGGGAAUAACAGACAGUGUCAUCUGUGUGUCACCGGACACCUGGAAGGGAAAGGACCUCCUUAAAAUCCCUCAUGAGCUGUACCAGCCCUGCCCUUUUCCUUCUCCAGAUCCGGAGUCCUCACAGGUGCAGCAGCUAGGUGCUACCCAUCGGGCUGUCCCCAGGCCUCCGGAGAGCCACAGCGCGGGGGAGCGAGAACACUGGGAGUGUGAGAUCAAACCCAAGCCAAGGCCAGCCAAUCUGCGCCACGCCGUGGCCACCAUCAUCAUCACCGGGGUGGUAUGUGGGAUUGUGUGUCUCAUGAUGUUGGUGGCUGCCAUCUACGGCUGUACCUAUGCGGCUAUUACAGCCCAGUACCAUGGGGGACGCUUGACUCAGACCAAUGAGCCUGUGAAAACAGAAGGAAAAGAACUCUUUGACAGCUCACCGGCCUGAAACCAUUCAUCUCAAGUAGUAGUAAUCAUUUUUGGCCAGAAGAAAGUGUCUGAGUAGGGCUGAUGUAUUCCCUGUUACUGUUUCAUUUUGUUUUUUCCAAAAAAAAAAAAGACUUAUCUGUUAAAAAAAAAAAUUCCUGGGAAGAAAUCUGUGUUGACAUUUUUAAAAAUACCAUAGUUGAAAUAGAGAUGAUACUUGUGCUCUGUGCCUGAGAAGUUAUGACAAUUAUUCUGUGUGGGGAAGUCUGUCCACAGAGAAAGGGAAAAUACAUCUCUUUCAGGUACUCUUCACCAUAUUAAGCUGCUUUUACAGAGCAGCAAAAAUACAAACACGUGUGCCAGUCAGCAUUCCUGGGAGCUUUAUGGUCCACUGGAAAACUGUCCAAUUUUGAGUACCUGGGAAGAAGUUGGCGAUCUUAUCCAAGGGGCAUUGAGUGCUUCAAUAAUCCAAGUUCAUGCUAGAUCGAUGAUACUUUUAGAUGUUAUGUAUGUUAUAUAUUUAACGGGAGCGUCUGUUGGUUGACAAAUUUGUAGCCUGCCACAAGUCAAAUUAUAUUUAUUUUUCUAAGUCAGAAAACCAUUUGGGGCUUUGUAGGCCACAGAGGAAGAGGAGGGCUCCACGACUGGAUAAUAGGACUCAGGCCCAGGUCUGAGGAUGUUUCCUGAUGCAAGGGUAAAUAACAUAUAAACAAACACAAAGAGGAUAGGGAGGCGGAAUUCAGGGCACAUAUUACUGAAAGGCCAUAUCCACCAGGCGAUUGGAACCUUCCAUUUAUAACUCUCACAGCAGGAAUAAAUUUAGGGUGGGCUAAGAGCGAAAUAAUGGCUUGUGUGUAUCUCUAUCUAUGUACAUAGUGUGCAGAGUGCAUAGACUUGUACAACCACACCCACACAUAAACAUACUCGGAGCAAUCAGUUUACCCACUAAUGAAAUGCAGCCGCAGCAGGGUGGGAGCCAGCAGCUGUCAACCACCACCCAGACUGUCUACUCAACACUCUGGGAUAGGAAGUCAGAGGAAGGCUGAAGAGAGUGGGAAUUAUCAAGAGACUUGAGAUCUGUGGCAACAGCCGUCCUAAACAUUAUGUAGGCCAGGGAUUAAAAAAAUCAGGUGUGGGUUGCUUGACUCCACAGACAUGGUCCUGAAGAGCUGCAUGCAAAGGGAAUUUUUGUAAAUUGAAUCAUCAUUUUAAUGCAGUAGGGGAGCUCGCUAUUUAAAGGAACCUUUCAUGGAAUCUUUCUGUAAUGGCAAUAAUUGGCUCCAGAUUUAUGCAUUUUGUGAAUUUGCAUUUUUUCAUGCUAGGUUUUCUUAAAGUGGAAUCUACCUGCUCUCUCUCAUGAUGCCCCAUUUUAUACUUAGAGUCACCUGUUACUAUUAAAAUCAUUUUGUGCAGAGGAGUUAAGGACUUGGCAAAAGUAGAGAAUGGCAAGCUAUCCAUCCAGAGGUCUUGACAGACAUCACUAAUCAAUCCCAGCACUCAUCUCAGCUGAGCCUUGAUGCACCACAGAUGCCUUCUUAAGACAGCACUGUAGGCAACCAGAACUAACCAACUGGAGUUGGUUCAAAGGAUAAAACAUAUUUGCCAUCCAUGGUACUGGCUCUAUAUCCACUCCUUCAGGCCAUGUAAAACUUGUUUUGAAUCCUAAAUCAGUAGUCCAUUCCCUAACCUGGUAUGUGAAUGGGAGGUCCACACAGGCAGGAACAUUGUCUCCCUAUCUGAUGAGGCCAGAGCCUUGCCCAACAGUGUUAAAGGGGCCAAGAGAAACAGACAGAUGAAACUACCCCAGUUUACCCUGCAGGAUACACACAUCAGAGGCCAUCUAUACCUGCUCAUAGUGCUUCACAACUAGUGUGGGUCCUGCACACACCCAGAAGCUGAAGAUGGGCAUCUCUUUGGAGCAGCAAUUUUGCUGAAUGACCUUUCUUGGGGAAAAAGUAUAAAUCUGAUGUUAAUUUUUUCCAAAUAUUAAAAUAAACCUGGAUACAUACAUUAAAGAAUAGAUUGAAAAAUUAGCAUGCAUUUUAAGAUCAAAAAGAGACCCCAGAGAAAGUGGGCUGUUGCAUCAGCUCCAUCCAGAGCUCUGAUGCCUCCGUUCUGCUCUGCUUCAUGCACCACUUCAGUGGGCAAGACUGACCAUCUGGCUGGAAAAAAAUCUUUCUUUCCCUUGCCCUGGAGUGUGAGUCCUUGGCCAUGGAAGCAAUAUGAGAAAGGAAAUUGAGAAGAACUUUUUAUACAUCAUCCUUAUUUCACCAAAUGUUUCUAGAGUUCAUGCUUUGUACCAGGCAUGGUGAGGGGUGUUCUCAUGACAUUCAUGCAAUCUUGGCAACGACCCCGUGAGAUACUUGAACAGAUAUUACAUAAGCUGGGAACUACUGAGGCCAAUAAUGGUGCCUCCUCUCACUGCUGUGAUUUAAAACAUCCAGUGCACUGUGCUCUGCCAGAGGUCUGGUGACUGUGCAGGUCUACCCUGGCCCCCUGCCCUCAGGGAUCACACAAGAGAGCUUCCAAUCCACCACAGAAAACCCUGAAUGUGGCUAGAAUCCUCACUCCUCAAUACACAUGUCCUAUUAGAUUUCUUAGCACAGAUGAUAACUCAGGCAAACAGAUUCCUGCUUUAUGAGUAGUCUUUAAGGAGAAUGAUUAAAACGAUGCCUGUGUAUAUUCAGAUUUCUGUCUUUGCCUACAGUCACCACCGACAGCAGUUGGUGAUGAAAAUAAUUACCUACCCUAAAAUGUCAACAAGCCUCUCAGCACAGAAAAAUAUAAAUCAAAUUGUUUAGAUUAACAAAUGCACAGUUAUCAUUUGUUAAUAUGAGAAAUGAAAUGUUUUCACUGUAAAAAACAUCGCAGAUGAAAGACCCAAUUUGCAGGGUAUUCUGCAAGAACCACAAAUUAUCUUUCACAACCACUACAGCCCAUGAGGGACAAUUUGCAAACGCCUCAUAGAUUAUUUUCAGCUGCUUAUUGCUGCUGUCAUAUUCAUAGAUUCCCCUAUAAAAAUGCCCUUCCAUCACAGAGCCUGCUGAAGUAAUACUGUGAACAAAUAUCACGUUUAGUGUUGAUUGUUUCUGAGAAAACCGUGUAAAAUAUACUUUCUUCAUCAUAUUUAGUGAAACAGUAUCACUAUUUUUGCUUUGCCAGAGAUCACAAAUUCACAGUAAUAGGGCCCAACAGAUGUGAGGCAUUUAAAGAGGGCGACAUAGGGAACUAUGUUCAAUAUCAUGUAAUAACCUUCAAUGAAAAAGAAUAUGAAAACAAAUAUAUGUAUGUAUAUGCAUGACUGGGACAUUGUGCUGUACAUCAGAAAUUGACACAUUGUAAUUGACUAUACUUCAAUAAAUUAAAAAAAAAA